UCUUGCAAAAUCCGCCAAAAUCUAAGUUCUAAAAUAAAACCAAAAACAUACGGCAGCGGGGAUUCGCUAGUGGUCACCCACCUAACUACUAAUCCGCCGGUAAAUUGCUUAUAUAGGCCAGAUCGGACGGGAUGGCUAGCGCUAAAUUUCCUAUGGCCGUAUGUGCCAGAAUGA